UCUGACUGCUCUCUUUCUCUGUCUGCUCUCGUUCUCUGAGUCCAUUCUGCUAUCGGGUGUGUGUGAUUAAACUUUCUCUCCCUCUCUCAGACCCUUUCCCUCUCUCUCUCUGUUCCCUCUCUCUCUCUCUGUUCCCUCCCCUCUCAGAUUGCUCUGUUUACUCAGAGCGGCUGUCUUCGAGUGCGUGUCAGCCAUGUCGUCUCUGGGUGCCUCGUUUGUCCAGAUAAAACAUGAGGACCUGCGGUUCUAUGAGAACUGUGGAGGGGGCAGCUUUGGGACUGUGUACCGAGCACACUGGAUAUCUCAGGAUAAAGAGGUCGCUGUGAAGAAACUACUCAAGAUUGAGACUGAGGCUGAGAUUCUGAGUAUUCUCAGUCAUAAGAACAUCAUUCAGUUCUAUGGAGCCGUACUGGAGUCCCCCAACUAUGGAAUCAUCACAGAGUAUGCAGGCGGAGGUUCUCUGUAUGAGUACCUGUCCAGUGAGCAGAGUAAGGAGAUGGACAUGGAACAGAUCAUGACCUGGGCCGUGGAGAUAGCCAAAGGAAUGCACUAUCUUCAUUCGGAAGCCCCAGUCAAAGUCAUUCACAGAGACCUCAAGUCACGAAACGUGGUACUGACAGCAGACAAGGUACUCAAGAUCUGUGAUUUUGGAGCGUCUAAGUUCCAGUCCCACACCACCCACAUGACAGUGGUGGGCACAUUCCCCUGGAUGGCCCCAGAAGUCAUACAGAGCCUACCUGUAUCAGAGACCUGUGAUACAUUCUCCUACGGAGUGGUGCUAUGGGAAAUGCUGACACGGGAGGUUCCCUUUAAAGGCUUCGAGGGGCUGCAGGUGGCUUGGCUGGUGGUGGAGAAACAAGAGAGGCUGACCAUCCCCACCAGUUGUCCGCCUAGCUUUGCUGACCUGAUGAAGAGAUGCUGGCAGGUUGAACCAAAGGAGCGUCCAGUGUUUAAACAGGUGUUGGGGACUCUGGAGACCAUGUCUAAUGACAGCAGACUACAAGACCAGUGUAACUCAUUCCUACACAACAAGGACCAGUGGAGGUGUGAGAUAGAUGCUACGUUGGAGAGGUUGCGGAGGCUGGAGAGAGACCUGGCCACUAAAGAGAAGGAGCUGGAGGAGAGAGAGCAAAGACUGAAACUGUGGGAGGAGAGACUGAUGGAGAGGUCCAAUGUGACACCUUUCUUCUCCCCUAUAGCAUCAGGCAUCGGUUCGGAGUCGUUCUUCCACUCUCAGUCUCAGGAGUCCAACAGCGCCAAGAUAUCCUGCCUCAUCCGAACCCUCAGCAAUGGAGAGAAGGACAGGGGAAUGGAGGGGGGGGUGGACAGGGGAAUGGAGGGGGGGGUGGACAGGGGGAAAUGGGGGUUCCAGUCCAUGCUUAGAGGCUUAUCAAGCAGUCUUGGGGAGGCAGCUGAUAUUGAUGGGGUAGAGGGGGUAGGUGAUAUGGACAUGAACAUGGGGGAGAUAGGUGACCUGGGGGUGGUAGUGGUCAGGGGUAAUACGGCUGGGGUCAUAAGUCACAAGGUCAGGAGUGAGUUAGGGGUCAGAGGUCAGGGGGUGAGGUCGGGAGUACAGAUGAGCAUGUGGACAACGUCCAAUCAGAACUCUUCUAAGAUUUGCAGCGUGCGACAGGGAACCAAAAUCAAUAUGGCCGCCACCGUUGCGGCGUUAGACAUGAACGUGAUGGAGCUGUGCUGGUCUGACCACGACAGUGACUAG